AUGCCAUGUGACUUGCUAUCGCAAAACCCAGAUUUUCAGUUGUUGGACAUUUUAAGCUUCCUCGUACAUCACGGAUUGUUUCCCACAGCACCAUCACAGCCGCGCAUGGCCAUCUCAAUUGACUUAUUGGCAUUCUAUCGGGCCCUCUUUGAGCGUUCAUGUGACACCAUCAAUGCUCUUGCUGCUGCUUUGGUAACUCAUUACAUACAUAGAGGCUUCAGAAUGACCAACGCAGAGUAUGACAUUCUACAAGUCGAAGUUGAACGUCAAGUGGAGGCUGCGGUUCAGCACUGUCGAGACCUUGUGUUAGCUCCUCAAGAGCCUCGGGGAGCCAUGCAAGAGCCUUUGACUCCCGCUCCCUUUUCACCGACAUCCCCCAGUACUUCCACCCCCAUAUCCCCAAUUGCACUUCCCCCGACUAUCUUGGAGCCUUUGACAACAGGACAUUAUGCCUCUAUUCUCAUCCAACGCUGCCCUGCUUGCUUCGGAGGUACUGUCUUUGGGAGGCCUCUAGAUGAAGGUGGUGAUAUCCACAUCACUACUGAUGGCAAUUUCCAUCAUCACCAUAGACACUCUGCAGGAGACUGCCCGAAGUUUUAUGAACCUGCAUAUUUUCUCCCGAAGUUGGAAGUCGAUGCUGUUGGCUGUCAAAUUAACAAGGUCCGAAAGCAGAUACCUAGGGUAGUCAAAGGCCUGGUGCCUGAUGAAGCCAUUGACCAUUACCAGAGCUCAUACCAAGCUGCGGAUGGUAAGAAACAAAAAGCCACGAUGGAUAGCUUUGACGAUACAGGAGUGAUGGCACUUAUCUGCCACCAUGAUAUUCCCCCUUUUUUUGCCAAUAUUGACACUCCCGGUGAACAGCAGAAAUAUGCUGUAGCACUCAUUCAACAUUUGUAUUCAUUACUACCACUUCAAACCAAUGUGAUUCUUCUGUAUGAUGUUGGGUGCGUUUUGUCUUGCUCACUAGCACAAUAUGACAUUCUUCCAGACAGUAUUGUAUCAUGUCUGCGGUUCACAACUACUGCAAUGCAUCUCGUUUAUAACCCUCGAAUGGCUAAUGGACUCAGCCUCUCUGAUGGCGAAGGGACUGAGAGGCUCUGGUCCAGGUUCAUCAGACUUAUAGGGAUUCAGCAAUCUUCAUCGGUGCCUGCAGCGAUUGGACAAGAUAUGCGAAACAAUUUAGGAACCUGGCUCAAGUGGCGUCUCAAACAAGGUAUAGACGAACAAGGUUUGGCUGCACAGGAUGUGCUAGAUGCUUGUGGUGUGUCCAUAUCCAAGCUUCGAAAACACUGGGUAGCACAACGCUGGAAUGGCAAGGUCUUUGCCGAAAAGAACGAUGCAAAAAAAUAA